UGCGCACGACCCGUUACUCUCCGUUUGCCGCCGCAGCGACAGUCCGACGAGCGAACGACUGGCUCAUCAACCUAACCACACCGUCCUAAACCGUACGCGGUCAAGUUUUCGUAAAUUUGUUGAUAAUAUUAAUAUUGUUAUUAUUAUUUUUUUUAUGGCGCUUUUAAUUCACCGUUAGUCGUCAGUGUUAUAAUAUCUGUGGGCGAAUCAAUAGGCAAUAUAUUAUAAUAUUCGAGCGACGGGGGGAAAAAAAAAUAAUCGACCUGGUUUAUUUAUUACUGUUAUUAUUUUUUUUUAAUUAAUAACUGACAAUUUUUUUAAAAACACAUUAUUUAUUCGCUUCAACAUCACGCUGGAUGUUUGCUCAAGCAGCGUUAUUAUAAUAUAUCCGUAAACAAAUAAAUAACAAUAUUAUUAUUAUAAAACAACAGCGUGCUCGAACCGUAUGCAUCACACCGACAGUUCGACGAACGUGUUGCUAGCCAUUCUGCUGUCGCUUUGGAUGUUCAAGUUUUUCCACAACAGAGAUCCGACCUCGUUACGGCUAACCCCGCAAAAUUGUAAUACCAUAUAGGAACCGCAACCGCGACCGAAACAUAACCUCAUAAAACUUAUACUUUGAACUCCACGAGUCGAAAAACACCCGAAAACAUGGACGGUUCAUGGUGGAACUCGGUACGUACCAUAUUAAUUUAUACCUACAUAAACCUAUUACAGUAGAUUGGCAACGAAAUACGGAAUCGGGAAUAAAAUCUCCGAUUUUAUGUCGGUGAUAAUGAACCACGUCCUCGUUAUUUUGAUUCCGAGCGUAGCGAAAGAGUUAUUGGUUUUACAAUGUUGUUUAUUACUUUUUUUUUCUAGUCUGUGGACACGUCCUAAUAAACUUGCUCCUAUGUAUAAGUGUAGCAUCUUUUCUGAAAACUCAAGUUAUUUAGAUUGUAUUUUAAAUAGGUCAUUUUUUGAUUUUUGGAUCCAUUUUUUAAAUAAAAGCACUUAAGUGGGAAAAAGCGUAGGCAAACGUAAAAUUUCACAAAUUCAUUAUUUUAUAAAAACACGAACGACGUUUUCUACUAGAAAAAAAUGAUUUAAUCGAAAAAUCACAAGAUAUAUUUUUUGUGUUGCCUUUUUGAUUUACUUCUUUACAAUAUCAUCACCACAACUUUUGGGCCACUUUUGAGCUUUAAAAGAAUUUUAAUUUUUGGGAGUUUUUUGCUGUAAUUCGGUUAUAAAUACACGUAAAGACUUGAAACUUGGUUAAAAUACUUAAAUUGGACUUAUCUAGACGGGGUUAUAUUUUCAAAAUCAUUGGACGACUUUUUUAUUUUUUUUUUGUAAUAAGCGUUUUGAAAUCAAAUUUAAACGAAAAUUGCGAAAAAAAAUUACGGAACUUCAAAUUAUAUAUUACCGAACUGCGCUCGGAGUCGUCUUUCGUCAAGCAAUGGUUUAUCGAUGCUUACAGAUAUAAAUGAAAUAACUUUAUGUAUCCUACCUUCCCAACUUCUCAUCUACAACAGUAGCCGCUCCCAUCCCCGGAGUCAGCUUUUUUUAUAUUGAGCCGAUAUCUAUUAUGGAUAUUUAUAAUUUGUUAUGCAGCCAGUGGGAUUUUUUUUUACUCGUCAUUCUAUUUUUACGCAUCGCGACGAAUAGGCGGUUUAUCGCUCGGAAAACGUUCUUCAGUAUGGCUUAUCAUCCACUCGAAAAGUUUCGUUAAUCGUCCAAAUUCAACAGUUUAAUACGCUAUAAUUGAACGUGCACACGUCAUUAUACUAUUACGUUGUAAAGGUCAUUUUCGAAUUUCCCGGUUCGAUGAUUCGCGAACGAAUAUCAUAUUCUGCGGCCAAAUUAAACUAUUUAUAUAUAUAUAUAUAUAUAUAUAGGUACGUUAAACUGAAAUUGGAUCCAAUAAACGUUCGUACAUAGGAUAUUUUUUGACCGUAUACUAGUUCAAAAACAAACGAACAUACUUCGCACAAUAGGUGGGCCACUGUUGUAGGUGAGAAGUUGGGAAAUAUGAGGGGAAAUUUAAUGUAUAUCUGUACGCAACAAUUAUCCAUUGAUAACGAAAGACGAUUCUGUGCGGAGUUUGGUUACACAUUUUUUAAAAGGUCCUAAUAUUUACGAUUCGAAAAUAAUAAAUGUCGUAAAUUUUCCCGUUUUUCAUACGGGUUUUCCCAUUUAUUGUGAAAACUCCUGGGAACAUAAAAAAAUAUCUCUUUAAAAUACCACCCUAGUCAAAUUUCCUUUCAGAAAAACCGCUGUACUUGAAAACUUGAGCAAAAUUCUUUGUAGAAAAGUUGUUUACAGAAAAAAAAAACAUCAUUUUACAACCAAUGCGUUUCUCGGAAUCCGCUGAGAAUCUAAAAUCAAACAAAUAACAAACCAAUUGUAUUAUAAUAUUUUAUACACUAAGCGAAGCCUGGAAUACAUUAGUUGUUGAACGUGUGUUUUUUGCAUCUGUUAAGAACUUUUCACAGGAAAUUUUAAUCUUUAUAAGAACUUACUUUUAGUAUUGCCGAUUUAUAAUCGGUGCGCAAAUAGGUAGGUCAGUUUUCGCAAUAAAUAUGAAAAAAUGGCGAUUUUUCGUAUAAUUUCUGUUGAUUUCCGGCAACUGGGGAAAAUAAGACUAAUAAUAUUCUGUUCAGAGUCGUUUUUCGUUAGCGAUGGUGUAUUGUGGCGUACAGAUAUCGAUUUAAUUAUACUAUAUUACAUCCUGCCUACUGACUUCUCUCCUAAAACAAUGCAGGCACACCCAUCAGCCGUAUGUGAUCUUUUAUUAUACGAUUUUAUCACGUGUUUAACAACGAUGUCUUAUUAUAUUUUGCAAACCGCGGUGGCUACGAUUUCGAAUAGGAAUUAUAUUAUUGAGAUUGAAUAGCAUAGGUGGUUUUUCUGAUUUCCGAGUGCAUAAUCGUACUAUACACUUGGGCUUUAUUGAUCGACGAAUCGGUAUAAUAUCGUAAUAGUAUAAUUAUAUUGGAUAUUAAUUUAAUAUAAGAAUGCGAAUAAUAUAUUAUGCGGCAAAUCGUUAAAAUACGCUUUUUUUUUCUGAUUACGUAAUUUAUAGCGUAGGAUUAUGCGUAUAUGAAAAUUAGAUUGCAUACAAGAGUAGGUUAUAGAAGAACAGAGAGCAUGGCAAUAUAAUAAUACAUGAGUGUAGUGCUAUUUUUUUGCGUUUUAUUGCGGAUGGUCAGAAAAAAACGAAUUCGAAACAAUAGAUAAAAACUACUCAUCGGUAUGAUAAUAUUACUGCACUUUUAAUAUAAUAAUUUGUUUACGAACCACGUGUUCAUUUAACAAAUUGUUAACGCCACUGCCGUCGUUUUCCGCAAUGUAUCAAUCGCUAUAUUAACAUUUCCGAUUAAAUUUACGUGCAUGGGGUGGGGGUGGGAAUGUAAUAAUAUAGGUACUUUGAAAUCUUAAAUGAGUAUACAGAUUUUUGGCUGAUCAAUGCGUAAAAAAUGAUUUAAAACACAAAAAAAAAAUUAUCGAUAUCUAGUCGCGCUUUGUGUAGACAAUUAUAAUAUGGUAAAUGUAUAUAGGUGUAUCGUAUAUCCGAUAAAAUUCGAAAACAAUUUUAUUUUUAUAAAUCUACGCUGAAAAAUGCGGUUAUUUAACAAUAGAACUGCAAUUUUUUUUCGGAUCGAGUGCUCCAGACGCGCGUAAGUAGUUCCUACAACAUCAACAACAACAGCAGGUCAAUAAAUAGAUAAACAACAAUAAUAAUAAUAAAAAAAUUCCAAAGAUAAUCUAUAUGAUGAAUAAUGAUAAUAUUAUGUGUCUUUUUUAACAAUAUUCAUUGUGCAACGAUUUAUCGUUUGUUCACCUUUGAGGUAUAUUAUAUAAUUGCAAAUUAUUAUUUGAGUUCGGUCAAUAAUUUUAUACCUCGUUCGACUAUAUCUACAGCGCGAUUCACUAAGCGUGCUCAUCCUAUUUUUUUUGCAUAUAUUCAAAUUCUGAUUUUUGGAAUUUGUGUGUGUAGAUAUAGCUGAUAUUUUCGAGUAGUUAGAUUUUUCACAACAUUUAUGGAGUAUCCUGUGGCUGGUCCAAUUUUGGUUUUUCAUAUGAGAACAUAUAUUAAACAUUUUAUAAAUAAACGGAGUAUUACUUUAAAUACAUUUUGGUGCCAACAUUUUUAAAUUCCGUCAACUCGUUAACGAGAUUUUCUACUUUUAAGUCUAGAUAGGGGGAGAGUAGUGAAGUAUCAUUUGUGUGACAGUACGGCGCGCGGCAUUUUAUUAGUGCUCCGAUAAUCUACCCCUACCUAAACUUUAAAGUGGAAUAUCUCGUCAACGGGUUGAAAGUUUAUAUUUAAAGUUGUAUUCUGUGUGUUUAUGGAAUUUUUACUCCUUAAAUGUUGUGAAAAAUCUAAGUAUUUGAAAAUAUCGGCUAUAACUACGUUUAAAAAUCCCAAAAAUCAGAAUUUUAAUUUAUACUAAAUUUAACGAAAAAAAAAAUGGAGAGAACACGCUUAGUGAAUCAUGCUGUAUAUAUUUGUGCAUAUUAUGUAUCGAGUUCAAGUAUACUUAUACAUAGAAACAGGUGUUCUCUACACCCAUAUUAUGUAGGCGGAACAUCAGGGCGUUUAUAAUGUUUCAAACGUAUUCCGAAAUUUAAGUACAGGUAUAGGUUUCUCGCACAGUGCGAAUCACUGUUUUUAAAUAUUGUAAAACCCCGCCAGUCUAUUCCGUUGGCGAAAUAUCUUUUGCGUACACAUAUUAAACCUAUAAUAUAAUCGUAUUUACUUUCUAUGGCCAAGAUCGAAAUUUAAUAAGCUGUUUGACGCCACACAAUGAUGAAAACCAUCGUUUCGAAAACAUUUCUAUUACCCAUUCACUUUUUUUUAGAUUCUAAGCGAAGCGAACAACGUAUUUGUUUUAUUAUGAAAUGUUUUUAUUUUCUUUAAUGUCUCCAUAAACAUCUUUUCUACAGGAAAUUUUACUCCAACAAACAACUGUAUAGGAACUAUCGUGCAGAAUUGUUCAUAAAGUUGGUGCAUCGAGGAGGUCGUCUUUUGAUUAUUCUUAUAGCUUUCAAUAAAUUGGAAAAACUAGCCAUUUUUGUUAAUUUCCGCGUUACGUCAACACCGAGUGAAAUGAAUACGAAUAAUAACACUGUUCAAAAUCUAACCGUCGAGAAUAAUUUCGGAAUCGUUAAACGAAAUUAAAUACAUAACCUAUAAAACUAUAAUAUUAUACAUAGGUCUAUCAAUCGCAAUCUACGGAUGCCUAUAACUAUACAAUAAUAAUAAUAAUAAAAAGGCCGUUAGAUAUUAUUGUUAGAUAGAAUAUUAUUAUGCAGACAGUUAUUCCAAACGACCGUGAAUAAAAUACGACUACUAUCGUUUUCCUGAUUUUUUUUUUUUUCAAAUAUCCAUGUCUAUAAAUAUUUGUAUAAUGAGUAUAAUAUAAAGACGCGCAGAAAAACACCAGUCUAUAAUAUAGACUUUACCUUGAACGUAAUUAUUGGUGUAGGUAAACUCAAUUAAUACCUAUCUAAUAAUUAUUAUUAUAACAUUAUUCGUCUGAGUAUUUUACAAGAUGAAAUAGGAUUAUCAUGAUUAGGACAGAGAAUGUAAUACCCUAUAGAAACCUAAAAAUGCUCUUCGAAAAAUUCUAAACAAUUAACUAAAAAAAUGCACUCAAAUAAAUGUUUGUUUUUAAUGUAAAUCAUAAUAUUAUAAAUUCAUUAUACGAUGACAAAACUUGUGCUGAUAAAUAGUCAAUUUUAUUGCUGUAACAGAAUAUUAAACAGGAAAUCUAGUUAUUCUUAAAAUACUACGUUGGUUUUGUCGUAGAAAUUAUCUGUUUAACCUCGAUAUUUUGGUUUUGUCAUUACAAUUGCCCGAUAAUAUAAUAUUUUAUAUCGUAUUAUAUAAUACGAGUAGGUACUUACGUCUUGCUUAAUAUAUUGUUAUAUUUAUAUAAAAAUCACGUUAGCGUGUAAAAAUUAUAAAAUAAAAUUUCGAAUCCAAAAGCUCCAAACAUUUUCAUUUAAAACCCUAAAAUGCUUUUAAAAAAUCAAGAAAAUGACUAAAAUGCCAAAAUUUAUCAAAAAAUUUAAAAUUAACUUUUUUUAUUCUUAUUCGAAACUACAUUAAACGAAUUUGUGACAAAAUACUAUAGCAUUUCGCACAGCAAACUUUAAAAAAUAGUGCUAAAUGCAUAGAAAUCGUAGUCUUAAUCAUAAUCUAACGACUAUAACGGAAAUGGUUUUUUAUUUUAGUAUUAUAUAGGUAUAGGUUUGUUUUCUUUCUUAAUAAUUUUAAUAUAUACCUAUUACACACCAUAAACUAUAAAAUAUAUAGAUUACGGACAUUUGGUUUUCAAAUAAACAGGCAGCCCUCUCCCCUUCGUUCAAAAAUGAUUCGAAAAGUGAAUAUUUAUCUGAAAAUGUCGAUGUGUUUGCAUAUAAUACUGAUAUCUGAUUUUCCGCGUUCGAGCUGUAUACGUAACGGCUACAAACUUAAACCGGAGAGUAAGGAAAAAUUAUCGUAUUAGUACCAAUAUUAAAUUUAUUACUCUUUCUUACUGUACACCGAUCUAAAUUUUAAACUCUUAAACGUAAAAUACCCGACAUUACUGUCCGAUAUUAUUUCUUUUUUUUUUUUAAAUACGGUUUAAAAAUCAAAACGUUAACAUCCGUUGACGAAGUUCAGAUUAGGUUAAGUACGGAGGGUAAAAAAGUUUGAAAAGAAAAACACGCAUAAACAUCAAAUAUAUUUGGUACUAAAACAAUCCUUGGAUAUAGAAAAUCACUGGAAAAAAGUAAAUAUGAUAAAUGGAAAAUCACUCUACAUUUCGCAGUGACCACGAUAGCAGUGAGACAAAAAUAUCGUGCAUAGUCGGUUUCUUUUUGUUCUUUUUGUUCUAUCUCAAUCAAAAUAAAAUCAAUUAAAAUACUUGUAUAUAACAAUAUGUACGCGUACGUGGUUUAGUGACCGUUAUAAAUACGAUACAAAUAAUUGUCUAGACGACUUUUAGACCUCGUUAAAGUGGUUAAAGUGAUAACAAUCGUAAUUAUUAUCCAAUUGGCGUACAAUAAUAAUUAAAGUUUAAUAAAAUGUGGUCUAUUUGCAAUAUCUAUAUAUGUGUCAAUAUAUAUUAUACGAUGGUAAUUAUUGUUAAAGGCGACAAUUAUUAUUCGGCAACGACGGACGGCAGUGUAAUAAUACUGCAUUAUACAUGCACAUGCGUAAAAAAGAUUAAUAACUCCGCGAGAGGUUUCGAGUGAAAUUCAUAUUUUAUCGGACGGGUGUUGCACCCUCAUUAUUCUCAUUAUCUUUUCUCUAUUUUUUUUUAUUUUGUUCUCUGCGUUAGUUAAUGGAACUAUUAUAUUUUUACGCGCAAAUCGAUGAAUGUAUCGGUAAAUUGCAAAUAGAAAAUUACACGCUUAAUAAUCGAAACGUAUAUUAUUCCAUAAAAUUCGAAUGGAUGAUAAACGCCGCCGCUGAAGCGAUUAUGAACAACCGUUAGAAUACAACAAUAUUUUAAUUUCCUACACACAUAGUACGUAAAAUCAAGUUCGGUCGCUGUAGUCUACUUUUUAUCUCGAAUCCUUAAAUAGGGCUACACACAGUUUUUGAUAUGUUCGCAGCGAAAAUUCAACUUUUUCUUUUUUUAUCGAUUUAAGAGUAAAGAUACAUAACGACCCGGAUGAAAAACACACAGUUAUUAUUAAUUAACUUGAAUGUUGUGAACGAGAAAUGAAGAAAUUACCCAUUUUAAAUGAUUAAUAAUUGGGCAAUAAUUACGGUUUACUGUGUUAAAGAAUAGAUGUGUACCCGUUAAAUACCCUUGAAUAGUAUAUAGAAAUGAUAUUAAUAAUUUGUAAUAAUAUUAUGUUUCAAUUUAUCGACAUUAGAAAAAAAAAAAACCUCUCGCUAUUGGACAGACUGGUUUCCGUAGGUUAGAUUAAAGCGAUGAAUCCAAAAACCGCACAUUUGCAAUAAAAUACAGGGCAAAACCGUAUACUAUUUGCAGAUUAAAACCACACACAUUUAGUAGGUUAAAACCGCACACUUUUUUAAAUUGUUGUAUCCGAAAAUUGCACAUUUUAUAAUAAUGUUUAAUCUAUUAUUUAUUAAUAAUUAAUUUAAAAAUAUAUAAAAUAAAAUUUCAAAUAUAAUAUUUGUAUCUUAAUUUGUGUUGUUAAAUAUUAAUGUAAAAUAUAAUCAGUAUAAAAUCAAAUAAACAAAAUGAUGAAAAUUUUAAGCAAAAAUCCGACGUUUUUUAAAGAAUUAAAUUUAUUUAUAAAAAAAAAAAUGUUUAUAUAAUUAUUAGUAGAAAUCGAUAGCCGAUGUUUUUUUUAGAAAUUUUAAACGAACUCCUUCCUUCGAAAAUUCUCUCCAACAUUUAAACAAUUGUUCCUAAAAUUAAACACAAUAUAAUAAAAAAUUAUGUAUUACUAAUGUUAAAAUGUAUCCAUUAAGUAAGUUGAUUUUGUUUUUAAUUGGACAAUACAUUCAUACAGCAAUAUAUUAUAUUAUAUUAUAUUUUAAAAUUAGCGUACAGUUUUACCCUAUAUAAGUGUGCGGUAUUUGGCUAUACAAAUGUACCUACUUAUCAUCCGAUGAAGUGUGUGGUUUUUAUCUAUCGACCAAUUCGGGAUAGAAACCAUAUGUUUGCGGUUUUUAAAUGCAACCGGUUAUAGGUGUAGAUGGAAAAAAAAACUAUAGCGUCGUCAUCACAGUAAACUUGCACAAAGGUGUGCUCGUUGAGGAUCGAAAAUUAACAAUUCACUUUUAAGUUUUAAAUUUUGUACUAUAAAAUGCAAAAGUUUAAACAAAGUAUGUUUCUAUUUGUUUCGCCUUUGCACUGUAAAAUCACCGAACCGAUCUCAAUUCGUUUUAAUAACGAAUUUGUUAGGAACAUUUCACUUGCAAAGACAUUCAUUGCUAGCUAAUUCUUUUGUACCGGAAUUCAACCACCGAAAACGGUCUUUGAAAAUCGCCUUUUUAUUUUUUCCUUCUGGUUUCUUUAUGGUGAUGAUUCGAUCAAAAAGAUAAUAUAAUUUAUCAUUCUAACAAAAAAGUAAAAAUAAAACGCCAGUGAGCAGCAGAACUAGAUCGUAUUUUCAGAUAGACGUAGGGAUAUCAUGUAUGCAUGAACAGUUCAAAUCAUAGCCGAAAAAUAGUCAUGCCAUACCGGUGGAAGAGAUAGAGAAACAAUUUGCUACCUUCAUUAGUGGCUCCGACGAAAUCACUCGUAAAAAAGUAUCUAGUAAGAUGUGUUUUUUGUUUGCUCGGAAAACGGUUUUAAUAAAAGUUCUCUAAUUCGUUCACAUAUUAUAAUACAUACACCUUAAAAGAUGUGUAUUUUAGAUGUGUUCAAUAAUAUUUGUGUACAACAGUUUUCUACAAAAUUAAAAAAAAAAAAAUGACAUAAAAUUAUUAAUACGUCGGCUUUAUUUUCGUCGAUUUUUGGACUGUAUUGGCUACAAGAGAUUAUGUAAAAAAAAUACACCCAAACGAAAAUCUAAAGCUUCGGUAGUUUAAGAAUUUAUGUUAUUUUACAGUUAUACAGUAAGUUAUUUAAUACAAAAAAAAAAACCAGAAAAGUUAUUUACUUUUAAAUUUUGAGAAUAUAUUUUCUUAAAAAAAUAUUUUGCGCGUACCUAUUCUAAUAGUAUUCGUACAAAUAUUGUGGUAUAAAAAACACUGACUUCAGGUACGCCGCAAAAAUAAUACAGUAAAUCAUACAAUAUUACUAUAUUUACUAUAUCUAAUAAUACUUAAAUUAUAAUAAAUUUCCUGCGAUCCGUGUCGUGAUAAGCCCACCAUAGUGCAAAACUAAUAACACACACGGGGGACUUAUAAUAUUAAUGCAAAAUUAUGUAUUUUACUAUCGAUCACGCCAGUUUUUAGACGAGACUACGAGUCAUUAAAAUGUCUGUUAUGUACUCGUGCAUUAUGAUGCACGUGGUCUUUCGUUGAAUGAAUGAUCUUAAAAUCGUUUUUUUUUUAAUACGCCAUAAAUUACUAUACACUCGUCCGAUAUGCAAAUAAUAAUAUUAAAAGAAAAAAUACGAUUAAAAAUAUACGCGGUUAUAUUUGUUCAAUAUUUAAAUACGCAGAUUUUUAUAAGCCACUCCCACAGGUGUCACGGGAUCGUACACGAAAAAAACCCGACGGACCUUAACGGCACAACGACUCGCGCUCAUACUUAUCCUAUAUUUAUUAUAUAGCUUAAUAUUGUAAUAUCCGAUACAAUUGUAGUUUUUUUUUUUUUUUUUGUUAUGAAACGGCCGUUGUGUUAUCUUAUAAAAAUUAUAAAGGCGGAAGUCGCUUGAAACAAAUGUUUUCUUAAAAAUGAUCGAGUAAACCAAUCGGAAAAAUGUAGAAAAAAUUCGUUGGUCGUGUAUAAAACACGUUUUCAGUGAGCAUUUUAGCUUAUGGAAAAAAAUUAUGAUAACAAAUUCGUAAUAAAUAAUUAAAAUAACAUAAACAAUAUUUGUCUAUUAUUUGUCUAUUAUUAUUAAGUAUGCUUAUUCUACUUAUUAUGUUUGAGCUUUUUUCUGUCGGUCUGUCAUGUCCGUGAACAUUCCAAACGUAAUCGAAAUUUUUCAGUUUUGUUUUUGAAAAUCGCGUCUACGUACCCAGAGUACGGUCAAGUUCUACCGUAAACUGUUUAGAUUCUGAGUGAAGCGAAAAAUGUAUUGGUUUUACAAAGAUGUUUUUUUUUUUUAUGCAAAUACUUUUUCAACUAGAAAGCUUACUUUGAUGUAUACGAUUUAGUCUUUUUUCUGAAAGGAAAUUUUCUUGAGAUGGUACUUUAAGAAAGUCAUUUUUUCGAUUUCAUCAGUUUUCUCAUUAAAUGUAAAAAACCGAAAAAAAACGGAGGAAAAGCGGUAAAAUAUACGAAAUAUAUUAGUAAAUUAUUACGAAUUUUUUUUCUGUAAACAUUUUUUUAAACCAGCAAUUUUGCUCAGGCUCAUAAUGACUAUUUAAUUAUUUUACCAUAAUAUGACAUGGAUUUUAUUGACAAUGCGUCACUAUUUACUGAACUUCACUCAGAAUCGUUUCUUCGUUAGCAAUGGUUUAUCGUUACUUAUACAGAUGUACAUUAAAUUUCCUUCUGUAUCCUACCUUCCCAAAUUCCUACCUACAACAGUGGCUGCACCCGUCUUCAUUAUUCUAGGACAACUUUCUAAUUUGUUCGCAUUAUUUAUUCACCUAUCGACGUAUUGUUGCUACAUGUGUUAAUAUAUAAGACAAUAUUGCUAAUAUAUUCGGCAUAUUAAAUUAUUGAUUUUUGUAUCGACUUUUUGUUAAGUACCUAGAUAUCAAAAUUAUAUUUUAUUACUUACUAAUUAAAAUUUUACAAAGCACUACUUGAAAAUCGCAUAAUAAUUAUAUUAUUUUUAGUCUCAUGUAACUCGUGACUUGUUGUUUCAUGUUUAUGGGACAAAAAAAUUAAACUGUAUAACACGAAUACUAAAAAUUAUGUACAAUUAGUAGGUAUAGUGUUUUUUACACGUAUAGUCUAACAAUAAUAAUCAUUGAUUUUAAUAUUUCUAAAGGUGUUUGACUUGCCUAUAAUAGUAAGUAUAUUACUAUUAUUACGCGUUUAAGUAAUCGGUAAUAAUAAUAUUAAGACACACGUUCAACAUUUCGAAAAGAAAACUAUACACUUUGAAUAGAUACUCAUAACCUUUGCUUUUUAUUGAAAUCGGUUAAAACAAUUUCUUUUGGCUUUGAUUGGACGCAUUGUUUUCGCACCUGCAAAAUAAAAUGGACUCGCCCUCGUGCGCACGUACAUUGGACGGUUUUCUAAGUAAAUUCAAAAACCUCAAAGUAACCAAAUGUUCUCAAGCCGAUAGCUUGCUCGCUGUGAACAUAACAGAACAGAAUUUUUCUUAACGUACUGUAAAAUUUUAGCAGUUCUAUUGUAAAAUACGGAAAGAGUAUACUUAUUUUCCCGGGUGAAAUGUUUAGUUUAUAUAAAGUUAAAAAUAUUUGUGAUAAUAAUUACACGGGACUUACUACUUGUACAUAUUAUGUUAUUCGAUAAAGCAAAAUUAAAUACUUGCGAGUAGAUAAAUUAGAAUUGUUUCAUUCAAUUGCUUAUACUUAACCCUUUACGAACGAUAUCUGCACGUUCUUAAAUGCCCAAUUACAUUUCCACCUGUAACCUAUUUUAAAAGUGUUGUUUAUUAUACAAGGAAAUUAUACGGUAGUGAAUUGUACGAUUGUACUCUACGAUGUAAUAAUAUUGACAUCCGUAGCGGGCGUGAUAUUCGCAUGUGUUGUCUCUGUCUUAAAAAUGUAUGAAAAAUCAAAUUCGCUUACAGCAGGGACAAAAUUGCGCUGUUAGUUUUAAUAUUAGAGUGAAUUGUCCUAUUAUCAAACUUAAAGAUGAGAACAUUAUCCGUGUAACACAAGCGCUUUUUCUCGCUGUAUUAAUUUUCGAGCGACGUAUGAAUAUGUGAUUCACAAUAUUAAAUAAUGCUUACAUCUCGCUUGGGAAUUAAAAUAUCAACAAAAAUAGCACCGAUAAAAUAACACAGAUAAUUUUGUCUUUAAGUUUGAGAACAGUUAAAUUUAUUGUUAUGUUAAAAAUAACAGCACAAAAUCGUUUUUGCUGAACGCAAAUUUUGCUGUGUCGUACGUUCGUAGGACGGAGACAACACAUGCGGGUAUCGCGUUCUCUUAAAUCGAAUAACUACUGUCGUUUGUAAAUAUUCUAUUGUUUCGUAAUGAUAUACCUAUAUAACAUUAUGUUACACAUAAUAUGCAAACGAUUAUUGUGGUUAUUUUUAUUGCUGUAUACCUAUUAAAAUAAAUGCACGUUUUCCAAAUGCACUUAACUCGUCAAAAACAAACGCAAUAUUGUUAUCUCGAAAAUAAUAUUUUUUAAAUAUAUCAAUAUAGGUGUAGGUACCUAUAUUUAGAUAAUUACCGUUGCAAAGACAAUACGAUUAACGUUGUCGCGUAAAAUAUAUUAUAAUAAUAUUAACAGUAGCGGGAGGGGCGGUACCCGUUUCCACCAAAAAAAAAAAAAAAAUUAUGAAAAAUUAAUUCACUCAAUGGCAUUGACCAAAAGUAAAAUGCUCACCAAAAGCGGGAGAGACUAUAAAUCCGAUAUUCCAGCGACAUCGUGUGUCACGUCAUAACUCUGCCCCACCUAACGACUCAACGUUAUUAAACCACACUGAGGAAUGAUAAGCAGUCGUCCGGAAAAUGAUAAGAUUUCAGUAACGCGUCUCGGUCGCAUAUCAAAAUACUGUAGGUACACGACAUAAAAUCCUACCCGACGUUGUUUCACGCGUAGCAAAUCCGGGUUUAUUUUCACUAUUUUACUUUGUUCCGUUCGGACCCAGGCGAAGCGAUUUCACAAUUAAAUAUGAUACUGUAUUUAGCAAAUUCAAGUAUUACAAAUUUAAAUACAGGUAUAGAAAUUACGAUUUCGGACCAAUUUCAUUCUUAUUCAUUUUGGAUUUUUCAUUUUUCCCAUAUUAUUACAUAGUUACGCGCGAAAUGCCGUAGCUACGGAUAUUUUGACCGCAGAGCAUUGUACAGAAUUCCGUACAAUUUGCUUGUAUAAUAAUUUAGGUACGGCAAUUAUUAAUAUAUUAACAUUUUAAUAUUCCGCGCUACAAGGUCACAUUUUCGAAACGAACGGAUAGGUAUAAUAGUAAUAUUAUUAUUAUUAAAAACGUCAUGCGCACAAUACAUUCGCAAUUAUUCAUAAUAGCGUAAAGCCGAAGGUAUAUUAUUUUAUUUGUUUAGAAACUGGUUUUUUUUUUCUGCGCAUUCGUAUAUUAUCCUUAACAACAAAUAAAUACUCCUGUAUAAUACUAAAAACACAUGCAAUACUAUUAACAGGUCCAACAUUUAUCAAAAUUAUAAUGUAUAAUAUUGCGUUCGGCUAACGCCGAUUAAUGUGGUUCCUCACGAUAAGGUCUCGAACAGUUUUUAUAUCGUCGAAAAUAUUUACAGGCACACAUUUGACAAAAUAAACGGUGAAAAAUCGUUUAUGCCCAUUAUCACAGGCAGAGCGGACGAUUUUGUGUUUAAAACGGGCGGUGCGCCGGAUGCAUUUUACAGCAUUUUUCGACGAUUUACAGACAAAUCUGAAAUCUGAAAUCUCAGCCGUACAAAUCGACUCCCACCCCCGUAUAUGUAUAUAAAACCUUCAAUGGAUAAUUACCUAAUUAGUUCUUCCGAAUACACUCACGAUUUAUAUACAAAAAAAAAAAAAUAAUAAUAAAAACGCAAACAGUUGCAAGAGUUAAUCAUUGAAAACUGAAAAUAGAUGUAUUUAUAUUAUAAUAAAACGACCGAAGACUGCAACUGAAAUAUCAUCGUACAACCAUCAUCGCUAAUUCCGUUCAAAAGGUGGCGACGAAAAUAUUAUAAUAUUAAUUUAUAACGGCAUUAUACACAAUCGACGUAAUAUCUAAACAAACGGCACGAGAUAGUAAUAAUUAGAGCUCGGAAGUUGUCGCGUUUGCAACUUUUUUUUCCUAUUGUUCGGAUUUACUGUUAAGUAAGUUUUAAAUUCGUCCCGUGCAAGUACGAAUCGAAAUCUAAAAUUUUUAGUACAACUUUUUACAAUUUCUGUCAUUUUUUCGAUUUGAUUGUAAUUUGUUGAUUUUCCUCAUUUAAAGUACAAUGUUUGAUAUUUUUAAAUAUUAUUCACUUGAUUUAAAUUAUCGUUUUCGUUAUAGAAAUAAAAUAACGAUAGGGGCCUUGUCAGGUAUUAAUAUGUCAGAAUAAUAUAAUAAUUGAUGGUUAUUUUUGGCUUUUUCGAUUGUGAAGGCAGAGGCGAAAAUAUGUUUUGAUAAGACGAUGCACGAAUUAUUAUUUCCCCAAAUCGUGGAUUAUUUUUAUGUUUAUUUGGUAAAUAAAAUAAUUGAUUGCAAUUUUUAAGUAUAAUUUUGGAUAUUUUUUAAAUAUCGCAUUAACGCAUUCAAUUUUAAUGCUUUGUAGUGCAAUAAUUUCCGAGCCUUAGUAAUGACGAUAACAACAGAGAUAGUAGAGAUAGUGAUCUUAGAGUCAAUAUAAUGCGUUGUCCGCCGAUAAAACUUACAAUUCGCCUUGGAAAUAUUAUUAUUACGUCAUCGUUCACGUUUUAUUUCGUACAGUUUUCCCUUCAUGGGAAUUACUAAUCAACAAAAAUCUUCGGAAGAAACAAAAUCCUACAACAGUGACCUAUAAGAGUUUAUUUUCAAUCGAGUUCCGACAAGCGCCCACUUGGUAUAUUGGAAUAUUUGAUGUCACUCGCAAUGAUACUUUUCCCCUUAUCACGGACGUAUGGGGAGAAAAUCUGGCACUUUUGUAUAAUCAUAUCCGAUGCAUCAUAUAGAAUAUUAUUACAAAAACGUUACAUUUAAUAUCAAUAGACGUCAAACUCAUUGCGGAAGUAAAAACUAUUUUAAAGUCGAUCGGGAAAAUUAGAAUGAUACUAUAAUUUAGAACACGGCGAGUAACACAUGAUGGGUAAAAAAUAAAUUGAAAAAAAAAAUAGGUUUCGGGCCAGGGUCGCAAUUCGUAUAGGUACUCGGAGGCAGCACGGGCGCCAAAUGAUAGGAAUAUUUUGAAAUAUACCUACGAGCACGUUUGCCAAACGUGUAACUCUAUAUCAGGUAGACAGAUAAAAAUAACAUUUUAAGAUUCGAUUUGGCGGUAAACUUUACCAAGGCGCUACGUUUGAUAAGAAUUUCAAUAUAAUUAUUGUCAUCUUCUGUUAUUCGUUGCAUAACUAUAUCAUUUAUGUUCGCGAUUUAUUAAUUAUUAUUAUAAUUGUCAGUGACGUUCUCAAAAAUUUCCAAUAGGGAGAGGAAAGAGUUGUGGGUAAUUUCUAGAAAAAUAUUUAAGGGACUAUCAGCGCACAUCCCUCUAGUUAUGACAUUUAAUAUUAUUUUAGAUUCUGAGUGGAAUGAAGAAUGUAUUGGUUUAACAAUGAUGUUUAUUUUUUUUUAUGUGAACACUUUUUCUAUUAGAAAGUUUUAGAAUUUUGCGAAUAACAAUUUUAAUCCACUACAGGGCACUAUGUUCGUAGCGAAUAUUUCGGAUUAUCGUUACAAUUUUGUACAAUGAUAUAUUUUAUGGUUGCAAAUAUUGAACUGGGGAAGGUAUCAAAUUUUUAAUUGUCUGACCAACGAGUGUACACUGACUGUUUUAAAUUAUUACUAGUAAAAAAGAAAAAAAAACCGUUAAAAAUAUACUCGAAUCAAUGAUGCAUUUACGGGGUUGGACCUGGGGAUAAAUCCACCCCGGUACCACAAUAUUAUUACUUGCCUAACGACUUGAGCCAUUUAUAACUCCAUAUUAAGAUUAGGCCGUUUAACGAUUAUUCCAUUAUGGCAUUUACCAUACUAUAUUCAAAAGUUGAGUUCACUUGUAUUGGAAAAUAUAUAAACCGGACUCGAGUGCAUUCUUCCCUGGACCAAAGAUACAUAUUAUAAAGUGCGUUUUAACCAAACUCGAAUUUAACUAUUAAAAUUUUAAUCGCUAUCCACCGGCUGAAGAUCACUGAUCUAAAUAAUAAUAUUAUGACAUACCUAUGUAAUAAAAUGUGUCCGAACGGAAUGAAAACAUUGUGACAAUGACAGUCGAUGAACCGAUUUCGUUUUAUAGUUUCGAGUACGCUCGCUAUAUUAUACGCUUGUGUAAAAAAUAUUAUGUUGCUGUACAUUAGAGAAUGUUCAGAAAAAAAAAACAUACCAAAUUUGUUUACCUACCGCUCGUAACCUCAGACUUCGACUACUUUCCUGUACUCUGACGUGUAAUUAUCUCGGAAUCCGUAGCACACUGCGGACCGGUUUUAUGGUUUUUUUUUUUAGCAUAGUUAUGUUAUUUGCCAAUCGUCUAUUGCACCUAUCUAAAUACUUGCUAAGACGUAUACCUUAUAUACCUAUAUACGUAUAUAGGUAGUUUUUUCAGACGUUUCAACAAUGAAAAAAAUAAUUCGUUACUAUUAAUCGUCAAGACGUGUAUUUCGAUUAUCGUAUUAUCGCGGUUCAAUACUAUGGAUUUUUCCUUGAAAAAAUGCUUAUUAUAGAUUUUUAGUACCUUAAGCACGAAGCUACGAGGAAGUUUUAUAUAUUAUCGUGAUUGUUAUUUUUAUUACGAUGUACUCAUUAUUUUCCGGCAGAAUUGAAAAACUAUUGUAAACCAUGUAUAAUAAUAAUAAUAUUAAUAAUCACGUACAAUAUUAACUUAUAGACUUACGAAAAAAAAAAAUCGAAAAAUUUGUCACUUCAUCACAUUAAAGAAAAGAAAAAAAAGACGUCCCAGAACAACGGGGACGGGCGCAGUCACUGUUAUAAGUAAUUAAUUAAUGUGUACCUGUAAGCAACGAUAAACCGUUGCUUACGAAAAAUACGAUUCUGAUCGGAGUUCAGUUGAUAGAGAUGCUUUGUCAACAAUAUAUAUACCAUAUUAUAGUAAAAUAAUUAAAUGUUCUCUACAAAUAUUCUUUGAUAAUAUUUUUUUAAUGUCGUUCCUGGUUUUCCCGUGGUUUUUCUCAGUUUUUCACAUUUGCUGAGAGACACGGGUCUAUGGGAUGUACAAAUUCGCACAAAUCUUAUACUAAACGUUUGCAAAGAAACAUAGCAUAAGUAAUUCAAUACUGUUAUGGGAUGGACACGUACAUGAUUCGUCCGGUUUUAUGCGGUAGUAGACGAUUAUUACUUUUCCAUCCGAUAUUGAUCAAUAUAUAAUAUAUUAUUAUUAACUCCGGGUCAUCAAGUUCAAGGAUAAUGUAAAUAUAACAAUAAUAGUAAUAUUUUGUUUUCGAUCUUUUAUUUUAAUUCAUGCAUAUAUACGUAUACAAUGUACCUUUAUAACUAUUAUGAACAAAACUAAACACUCACAUCACAUAUACGUUUGCCAUACGUAAUAUAACAUAAUAAUAUUAUAUCAUAACGGUCAUUGCGAUAUAUUAUUAUACGUAGAUUUGUUUUUAUCAUAGUGAUAGGUACAAUGUGUACGUAAUAUAGUAAAUAUUGCCACUGCUAACGGAACGUGAACAGGGUAAAUAGGUCGAUUGAAAUCACGUGUUCGUCAGAUUUCGUAUAUAUUAUUAUUAUGUAUGUGACAACUUACAACUUAGUGCGGACGUGCAGUGUUGGUUUUUAUCUAAGGAAAACAAUAAAUAUUGAAAAACGAUUCGUGGUACUUAAUACGCGUUUAAUCAGAAUAAUUGUCAUACAGACUCCAUAAUCGACUAUACUGUCAACGACCGCUAGUUCCUGCGUAUAAAAUAUCCUUUCAGGGGGGGGGGAAGGUAUAAUUUUUCUAAUAUUUCACUUUAAAGUUAAGGUGGGAGGAGAAGUGUAAAGUAAUGGACCAUAAUUUGUUUAGCGGCUAUUCUCCCCCUACCCCAACUUAGAAAUAGAAAUAAACUAUUGUUUGACGAAAGACGAUUCCGAGCGCAGUUCGGUAGUAUAUAAUUUGAAGUGCCGUAGUUUUUUUUUGCGAGUUUCGUUUAAAUUUAAUUUUAAAAAGCUUAGUUUAAAAAAAAAAGUCAUCUCUUGAUUUUGAAAAUAUUACCACUUCUAGGUAAGUCCAAUAUAAGUAUUAUCACCAAGUUUCAAGUAUUUAUGUGUAUUUAAACCGAAUUACAGCAAAAAACUCCCAAAAAUUAAAAUUCUUUAAAAGCUCAAAAGUGACUCAAAAGUUUUUGCAUUAAGAAGGUAAGAAAAUAUAUCAAAAAAUUAAAAAAAAAGGUAUCUUGUGAUGUUUCGAUUAAAUCAUUUUUUUCUGGUAGAAAACGUCGUCCAUGUUCUUGUAAAAUAAUGAAAUCGUGAAAUUGUACGUUGGCCUACGUUUUUUCCCACUUAAGUGCUUUUAUUUAAAAAACGAUGACAAAAAUCAAAAAAUGACCUCUUCAAUGUACAAUCUAGACAACUUGAGCUUUCAGAAAAGGUGCUACUCUUAUACAUUGGGGCAAUUUUACAAGGAAAAAACGUGUUCACAGACUAGUAAAAAAUAAAUAAAUAAACAGCGUUAUAAAACCAGUAAGUCCCUCGCUACGCUCGGAAUCUAAAAUAAAUUCUAUGAAUUUUUUAUGAAAAUGAAAUAUUGUAGUUUCAUGAAAUUUUAGAACUUAAUUAUUACUUAACCUAUUACAUUGGUUAUUAUAUUUAUUUCAACCGUGAUGUGGCUUGUUGAAAACUCCUUCGUCACGCCACUGACGGAUAAUUGGACGGCAUCUUGUAGAGAUAAGACAGAAUGAUAAAAUAACUUGAUAGAGGCAAAUGAAGUAGAUGUGUACAUUUAAAUUGUCACGGGCAAGGCCAUGCGGAAUCAUACACUAUAGUAUUUUAAUAUAACCGUAAACAACAGUAUAUAGUUAAUAGCUACUAACUACACAUUUUCAAGUUUUUAUUACAUACUCGAUUUUACGAGUGCAUAUUGUGUUUUUUUUUUUUUUUUACUUCGAUAGAUAAAAUAUAGCGCGUAUACAACUUGCGAUGCUCGUCUCGGUGAGUGACUUGGCCGAAAAUAACUAUUUUAUACUACGGUUGGAAAAAGACCGUUUUUUCUUUUUGUUCAUUUUGCUUACAUAAAUUAUAAUUAUUUUAAUUUUAUUAUUAUUAUUAUUGAUUAUUACAUAAUGUAUACAAGUACAUAAUAUUACUAAUAGUCGUAUUAUAUAGACGCUAUUGGUUGUAAACGGUGUGCUACGGUGAGCGGUGUAUAGUACAUAAAUAUUCUAUUAAUAUGCAUACUAAUUAUAUUUGAUUAUUAUGCAAUUCACUCGAGAAUCAUUCAGGUAAACUGAAAAAAAUUUCCCUACUUUUCUACACUACUUGCGUCACUAGAAAUGUUUACGCGUGAACCCAGCAUUAAUCGACUUUUUUCCUAAGUUCAUUUUAAAUUCUACUCACGUGAAAAUCAUAGAGGUUUAUAGUAGCUAUCAGUCUCCUGCUUUAAAUUCAAAAUGCAUAAUUGUGUUAUGGUAUUUCACAUUAAAAAUGAUAAAAGUUUCAAUUUCGGCGCCCUGGAGCAGUUGCUGCUCCCUUUAGAGCUAAGUCACUGAAUUUACUGUGAUUGGAAUACCAAAUGUGUCAAGAAUCCAAUUUCCGAAACAACAGAUGCGUACUUCCCGAUAAGCUCAGUUAUUAUUGUCUUACAAAACAGCUAUUUUUUAUUAUUUGCAUUUUUUUUUUUUUAUACUUGUGCAAUAUAACUUUCUGGUUAGAUAAAAAUAUGUCUAUAGACGAAAAAUCUGGAGGCACGACAUCAACGUCGCUAUCAUCUUCUUGAAAUACAAUCUAUAACAUAUUUUUUUUUUAUCCUCAAUACAAAUUAGGUACUUUUAAAAUUUUAAAUGCCUGCACAAUGAGGUUACUACAGAAUUUUAAAUACCCAUAGAUAUACGAAAUCUCAAUUUUCAAUUGAGUGAAAUACUAUUUGACGCAUCCGAAAUAAUUUCCGUAAAGUGUGUAGGUAAGUAUAUUAUUUUAAUGCGGUUUUUUUUUUCUAUUGCUAUUUUCGGUUUUCUCGUCGCCCACGACAUAUUUGUGUUAAGUCGGCCGUUUUUUGGCCCGACGUAACGGUGCCCGACCAUUGCAUCAGCCAGCCGUCUACACGAUGCAUUUCGUGUCUGGUGGCGUCGUAGUUUUAUAAUAAAUAAAAAUAGAAUUUACUAGUCUCCUCUGAGUGUUUAACUCGAUACCUACGGUCUGUGACGUUCAGUUUUGUUUUUUUUUUUUUGGAUACAAGUCAAUAAUACAAAGUAGGUAGUUAUAGUUUAGUAGUGUUGUUAUAACAAAUUAAUGGGAAUUAAGAAAUACAGACUUAGAUUAAACACGUGAUCAUAUCCUUUAUACAUCAUACCUCUAUCAUAUCCUGGAUGAAUACAAUUUUGGUUUUAAAACGUAGAAAAAUCGUAUUUAAAAUGUUUUAAUGACUUCAACAAUUCUUCAAUGAUAGAACAAAAACAAAAUUAAAAAUUAAAAAACAAAAAUCAAAUUCAAAAUCCUCCGUGAAAAUCGCUGGUUCAUGGUAAAUGUAUAAUUUUUUAUAUACAUUAUAUAUAUUAUAGGUUAGGCUAUAGAAUUUAAUAAAACAAAAUAUUUUAAUUUAAAUAGAUUAUUUCUAUGUGACAUCGUGAGAAACAAAACAAAAUACACGAAUAUGGUCGACAUUUUCCCCCCCGAAUUUUAUAAAUAAUUUUUAUUCAAUCAGGAAUGAAACAGGCUGCAACAGUCGCCAUUUUUUCAUUGUUUCCAUUGUGAUAUUAUAAUAUUAUUGUUAUUUUUUAGUUUCUCUGGUUUUUUAUGAAUAAAUAUUAUGCAAAUCGAAUUAUAUUUCUUGUGAUUUGGUCCAAGAGGAUAAAUGCUAAUCAUUAUAUAGUAAAUAAAAACCAGCAAACACGUUAUUUAUAAAUAAAUGUAUGUACAUUUUAUUCAAGGUAAUCGCAGGAGGAGAAAACCUAGUUAAAUUUUUCCUCAAAAAAUAAACCUGAUUAGUUUUUAAGAAUUCAUAAUAUUAAACCGGUUCAGAUUUUUGGCUUAACGGAUUUAAUUAUUUUUGACCACCACGACCGAUUCUGAUUUGCUUCCAGCAUAAAUUUUACUAUCCUCUUAAUUUGUACGGUAAAUACGGUUCAGCUAUACGGUAUCAUGUUCUGAAAAAUAACACGCUAGACGUUGGCCUGUGUCACCUACACUUUGAGCCGGGCCUGGUGGUUCCAACGGCUGGAACCCGAUUGAGUACGAUCGACCUUUUUCUUAACUGGAUUGAGCACGGUUGCAAUUAAACAAUUGAAACCCAAAAACAACACGAUUUAGCAUGAAAAUAGGUUAACACUUUAUACCGUAGAAUAUUAUUAUUAAAAAAAAAAAAUACAUUUGAACAUAAACGUUUAUAAAUAAAAAUCUUUUAUUGGUUUUUAAUCACAUAUUAUUACAUAUUAAGACAGCGUUUACUGAGUCAGUUGGUUUAGCAUAUGGUAAAAUUAAAAUUUGUUCCCCUAUAUACCGAAUAUAUGUAAAAAAAAUUAAAUAAAAAAGGUUGCUGUACAAUAAUUUUUCGUACAUCGCCAUUUCAACAAUUUACUUUUUUUUCUCGACCCGAUAAACCUGUACUUGAAAACUCCAACAUUUGCCAACUCUACCUCUCUAGAGAUAAAAUAAUUUGUAUUUCAUUAUUUUCUAUCAUAAAAAGCUUAAAAUUUGCAAAAAAUACACACUAUUUUUGAAGGAACACGAGCACGAGACAAUAGAACAGACUGGCUGUGACCAAGCCUUACUUACAGCGUAAGUACAUACAAUGUAUGUAUUUGUAUGUAAUUGUGAUCGGAGUGUGAAAACAAUCAGUCAUAUCAUUUAAACGGUACAAAAACAUAUUUUCCAAAUUGUACUUUUACGAAUGUUACACGAAUUUAACAACCUCCUCUAAAGAUCGCCACGGGAAAAUACAUGUAUGAAAAAGAAAAACAAAUUAACCAUCGAAGAUUCGUGCGCAUUAUUUCAUCAAUGUUUUAUUGUUAUUGUUAUUAUUUUGAUAGCGUUUCAACAAACGUUUCAUAAUUAUGCGCCGUACAUAAUACGCUCGUGUAAUAAAACACUGCACUUUCAUGAAUUCGCUAUUGCGACGGUUAAACAACACUAUAAUAUACAUUGUAUUGAGACGUUUAUAAUAUUAUUUUAUUACAUUAUCGAUCACUUGAAGAACCUGUAUUGCGAUUGUGUAUACGCUUAUUCUACCUAUCAAAGAGUUGUAUCUUUUUUUUAAAAAAUUAGUAUUAAUUGACUACGCUGCCGUAAUAAUUCGCGGACCACCGUGUUAUUAUUUAUAUAUCAGCAGUAAGUAGGUACUAUGGAGUAUCAUUUGUGUAGCGUUACGGCGCGUAAUAAUGCACCACUACUCUGCUCCAAACCAAUCUUAAAAGUAGAAUAUCCCGUCAACGGGUUGACGGAAAUCAAAAAUUUCAACGCCGAGAAGUAUUUUAAAUAAUACUCCAUCUAUUUAUGGUAUUUUCAAAAUAGGCUGUUGUUAGAAAAUUAAAAGCAGGCAAUCAUUUCACCCCCAAAAGCAAGGGGCACACAAAAAAAUGAUAACGUAACAUUUUAAAACUAUUUGAUUCUUAAGUUUUCGAAAAAAAUUAAUACUUUUCGAGAUAAUGAGUGUUUUCGGUUCAGUGAAUCACCCUGUAUAGGUUUAAGCUCACGUGUAGGUGUCAGGGAUAGCGGUCAUUGUAAAUCAAUCCUUACGUCACAUGAAAAUCAUGGAAGACAUCAUAUUAUUAUUUCUAUACGUCACAAUAAUAUUAUAACCGUUUUUUUUCAUUUCUUUUCGAUCUGUUUAAGAAAAAACUAAAUAUUAGAAGAAAAAAAAACCCACAAACGUUUUCAAGAAGUCUAUUUCAAUAAUAAUAUUAAAACCACUGUUAAUAUGUACUCAAACCCAAAAAUAUUUUAUAGUGUUUAAAUAAUUACUAUAUUUAAUAAUCGUAAUAUUCAAGGUUUUUUUUUACUCGAUGCUUUGAGGAUUUUAGUUCAAUGAUCAAAUAUCGAAAUCCAAUGCUCACUGUAGGAAGUUUUACUUUUCUCAACGGGAAAAAAAAUCGCGAUCGGAUCACACUGUAUGAGUCAUGAAAAGGCAAAUAUGUAUACAUUUUUGUCCAAAUUUCAAAUCUCUACGAAUAUUUUUAACUGAAUUACUGAAUUACAAAAGAAAAUUGCCGCGCGCAUUUAACUGAGCAAGAUUUCUGGUAGAAUUUGUCUACAUUCUUCGCUAUACUCAGAGUAUAAAAGAGUCGAAUAUCUCGUCAAUAAAUUGAUGAAAAUCAAAAAUGCCGACAUCGAAAUGUAUUCAAACUAAUAUUCUGUUAUUCUGUUUAUGUAUGAUGGAAUUUUUAAAUAAAUAUUGUCAUUUGAAAAUCAAAAGUGGUUUUUCGGUUUGUUACCAAAAAUAAGGUAGACAAAAAUAAUGAUAAUUUAAUAGUUUAGAGCUUGUUUAUUAAAUUGUAAAAAUAAAUGGACUGAUAUACUUCGCACUCGCACGUGCGAGUAGGUAGGAAGUUGGGAAGGUAGGAUACAGUCGGGAAUUUAAUGUAUAUCCGUAAGAAAUGAUACAACAUUGUUGGCGAAAAACCGAUUCUGAGCUCAGUUGAUAGUGUUGAUUUGCCAACAAUACAAUAUAUGGUAUAUAUCAUAUUAUGGUAAAAUUAUUACAACAAUGUGCGUUUCCAUGAAAACAAUAAUUGUGUAACAAGAUUAUAAUAAUGAAUAUUAAAUAUUAACAAAAAUAUAUAAAAAUGGUUGCCAAUGACAACCUUCUUUUUAAUCUUUCGAUCCUUUUUAGCGUGAAAAAUGACUUUUCUAAAGUACCUAGAAAAUAUUUCCUAUCAGAAAAGGUGCUGUACUUGAUAAUCGGAUAAUGCUUUCUGGUAGAAAAAAGGUUCACAUAAAAAAAAUAAACAUCAUUGUAAAACCAAUACAUUUCUCGUUCCAUUCAGAAUCUAAAAUUGAAGAAUCAUUGUCAUUAAGGUCGUUAAGACUACUCAGUUCGAUAAGAUGUCUAAACUUUUUAUAAAAUAUUAUUUUGGCCCUAGUUGCUGCCUUUAGAUUCGCUGUCCCAUAUUACUGAAAACUUAGAAAUCGUUUGUAGAAAAGUAUUUGAAUGAAAAUAUUCGAACGCUGAAAAAAGUAUUCGAAUACGUAUUUUAAACAAUUUUAUAAUUUUUUCAAAUUGUUUUUCAUAUUUUGUCUAUCAAUCUAAAAUGCAUAGCCUUACACCAUGUCAAAACUGUUGAAAGUUAAACGGUUUUGACAUUUUAACUUGUAACCUAACCAGUAUCGUAAAAAUGCUAUUAAAAAAAAAAAAUAGUAUAUUGACGGCUCUAUUACAUAAGCAAUAAUUAUGCAAAAAAUAAAAAGUAUUUACAAAUACUUUUGAAAAUGACGGUUACUUAUACCGGUUUACCGGUGUUCAAAUCGUAUUAUUAACAUUUUUAUAUUCAACGGUAAUAAAAAAAAGUAAAAAAUCAUGUAAACACGACACAUACUAUGGCGAUAAAAACAUUCUACUUUCGUGUCGCACGGGUGUACUCGGUUAUAAUAAUAAUUACUACGAUUUACGGUUACAGCAUUCAUGUAAAAUAAUGCGUUACCUGCACGGUUAUUAGUCAAUAUUGACACCGCGAUUAUAAACAGCCGACUAUUGUGUUAAAAUGCAAAAGCGAUUUUUUCAGAAGCGACAUUUCUCGAUCGGGUUAUUUUCUUUUCUCUAAUUAAUUCACAAGCGAAACAACCGAAACGAUAACGAUUAACAUGAUAAUAAUAUCAACGGGUUGGCAUUAGACAAUAAUGUUAUAAUAAUAAUUUACGUAACAAUACAGUAAUUGUAAUGUAAGACUGUAAGAGUAUUGUAGCGCCGAAAAUAAUGUCUCCGCUAGUAAAACGAAAACGCGAAAAGCUGUCCUCGGAUAAUGGAAACGAGUACAGCCACUAGGUUGUAAGUGCGAAAUCGUGAAGGUAGGAUAUACAUGGGAAUUUAAUGUACGUCCGUAAGCAACGAUUGGCCAUUCCAAAUAGAAAACGAUUCGGUCGGUAGUAUUGCUUAAUCAAUAGUAUUACAUAUGCCAUAUUAUGGUAAAAUAAUUGCAUAUGCAUUAAAUAUUUUCUUUAAUAAUAUUUGCUUAAUAUUGUACCCGUUUUCCCCUGUUUUCUCAUUUAUUGAUAAAACUCCUGGAUAAACCAAAAAAACGACCUCUUUAAAUUACCUCCCCGGUCUUCCUCUUCGCUCCACUCGGAGUCUUAAAUGUGAUUUCAACGAUUGAAUACCGACUCCGGUGUUCUGAACCGUUCGGACAAUAUUUUCGUCGUACUGCGGCGGGAAGUGAUUUCAAGGAGUGAUGAUUAUGCAUUUCAUUAUGCCCGCGCAGUGUUCGAGCCCCGGACCUUAAUAUAUUACCGUUUAACCGUUUAAAUAUUGACUAAUUUUCAUUUAUUUUUCUCGGCUUGAAAAGCGGUUUUCAAAAUCGAAAUCAACCGACUUUCGUAUACAUAUAUAAUAGUUUAAAACGACGAAAUGUCGGAUAGCAAUAUUAUCGAAAAUCGUAAUAAUAAUAUUUCCAGCAACUUGUUUUUUUUUUAAACGCGAUCGAGUCGCAAGUGUGUACUUAGACGUUCCUGAAAAUAAAUUUUACUACUAUAAUUAUGUCACCGAUGACCCGAUCGGUUACUCAUCACGUUUUACGAUUUUUUAUUAGUUUUAAUAUUUUGUUUUUUAAAACUAUAUAAUUUUUUAUUAAUGUUUUUUUUUUUUUUGGCGAUUUUUGUUAUACAGCGUGAAAACCUCAUUCAAGUGAUGUCUAGACGGAAAUCCGACGAAGACGAACCCGGUAAGGAGAAGCUCGCCCGAGUGCUCGACCUGGUCGACCUGACCGCUCUGGGCGUCGGGUCCACGCUGGGCGUCGGCGUCUACGUAUUGGCUGGUGCGGUCGCCAAAACAGAUGCCGGACCGGCGGUCGUGCUGUCGUUCGUGUUAGCCGCUUUCGCGUCGGCAUUCGCAGGUAUGAGAAAUUCAGUAAAAUACGUUUAUAAUGAAUAAUAAAAACAAAUCCAAAGCCUUCAAGUGAUUUCGCCACUCAAAUAUUUAAAAGCGUAUACGGGCAUAACGAUUUUUAUGAAAUAUGAAAAAAAAAUUUAAAAUUAUAAAAUCAAAAACAUCCACUUUCAUUCUAUUAUUUACAAAUAUGUUUUACAUGGAUAAUUCACUUGCCUCGUAGAGUGGUCAGGUAUCAAUAAUUUUAUUUUUGAAAAGAUGAUGGUUUCUUAUAAAACGCGUUUAACUUGGAUUUUGAAAAAUACAUUUCCAAACAGUAUAAUGAUAGUAUAAUGUGACCAUAUUUAAAAAAAAUCUGAUUUGUUUAGUUGUUUUUGUUUAUAUUCAAUGUCCUGUAGAAAAUUGUUAUUUCCCUCUCUCUUUGAAUGAAAAAUAUGAUAAUAAUAAUAAUAAACAUCGAAACCAAACGUCUUUACGAGGUAGUAAAGUUAAUCCUAUAAACCAUGUUUUGAGCAAAAUAAAUACCAAAUCAUACGCAUGCCCUUUAGUACAACAAUUAAAAUUUAUUUUAACAAAUUCUAACUGUAGAUGUUAACAAUUUAUAAAAAUAUCCCGCCAGCAGGAAACAUCCAAAGUAACGAAUUUGUUUUACAAUGAUGAGUAAUUUUCCUACAUUAUUUUGCAGGCCUGUGUUACGCCGAGUUCGCUGCUCGCGUGCCGAGAGCUGGAUCAGCGUACGUUUACAGUUACGUUGGUGUGGGCGAAUUCGUUGCGUUCGUCAUUGGGUGGAAUCUGAUACUCGAAUAUGUCAUCGGUAAGUAAAGGGAACAUAUUGGCUGUGGUGAUGUUGAUUUAUACGUUGUUAAAAGAAAGUAAAAUAAAUUCCGAUGAAACCUUAGUAAAUAUAAAAGCCGCGCCGUUGUCGUUGUCGUCGGGACGGCUGGUCGAAAGCGUUGAAAAAUAAAAAAAAAAAUUUAAAAUCCGCGAUGCUCAAAAUUCCAUUUACGCAAGUUUCAAGAUUUUCGCACUUUCACGCGAAGUCAGAGACUUUUAUAUCCACAUGAUUAUUUUUUCAUAAAACUAUUACAUCAAACUAUUCAUCGACUUAUUCUACAUUCUUCUGGCCGAGUUUCAGGUUUUUCUAGUUUUUAAAAUUUUUUUCUAAUUCUUGUAAGGUAUAUGCAAAUAUAUAGAUUCCUGGUAUAUUUAUUGUGAUUAGCGAUUAUUCCGAAAUGUAUGUUUUAUUUAAAUCUUAUACAAGUAUAGCAUUAAGAACUCUUAAUAUACAAAUGUGUUUUCAAAAUGCGUUUUGUGUGUUUCGGAAUAUAACUGAACGGGUGAUAGUCUACAGACUACGCACUGCAUAUAUUAUAUACAUAGAUCGAUAGCCAGAUUAAAGAAAGAAAAACUGAUACAGCUGAUGACACUGUGUCACUGUUUUAGUAGGGAAGUUGGAUGGAUUGAUAUAAUAUUAUAUCUUUAUAUUAUACAGAGUGAUUUAAUUUGUGUCUGUGUGCAACUAUAUACUAUUACUAACGAAAAACGAUUUUGAGCAGAGUAAUAUUAGUCGUAUUAUUUCGCUUUUUGAUAAUUUAGAAACCAAUACAAAUUAUGAGACCAACAAAUUACUAGUUUUUCCAUUUAUUAAGAAAACUACAAGGAGAAUGGGGAAAAUGAUUUUCUCAAUGUACUGCCUAGAUCAUAACCGCUACAAAAAAGUCCCUAUACAAUUAAAAAAGUAAAAAAAGUUGUUUAAAUACACGAGAAAAAAAAGGAAUUAGGAGCAUCAAGAUGUACACAGACCCGCUCAUCCUCUUCAAUAUGAAUAUUUUUAUUUAUCCUGAAAAAUGAAAAACUUAUUUAACGCUAAUAUACAGGUACAGCAAGUGUCGCCAAAGGUCUCAGUAACUACGUGGACGCGUUGUUCGAUUACCCGAUUCAAAAAACAAUGCUUUCACUUUGUCCGAUACAUGUCAGUUUUAUGGCCACCUAUCCGGACUUUUUGGCGUUCAGCGUCGUUUUAUUGUUAUCGAGUGAGUAAAUAAUUAUAAUAACUAAUUAAACAUUGUUUAUGCCAUACGAUUGUUAUUAUUUUACACAGUUUUGCUGUCUUGGGGAGUACGUGAAUCCACAAUUAUCAACAACAUAUUUACGGUCGUCAAUUUAUGUACUGUGGCUACGGUUAUCAUAAGCGGACUAUUCAAAGGUACCUAACGCAUUGUACAACCAUGUCAUUAAACGUUAUUUAUAUUUAUUUGAUAUGGACAGGGAUAGUGUAAUUGGGUAUUAGUUACAAGUUAAAGCUAAUAUAUUAUAACUUAUAAAUAUUAUAAUUAUUGAUAACAUAACUUGUAAAUGAUAAGUGAUUUUACUCGUAUUGUUCCGCUAUUAUCACACAUUGAAUUAAAAUUGAUUAGUACCGUACAAAAUAAUGAUACAAGAUGAUUUUUGUAACUUAAGUUACGUGUAUCUAUUUUUAGAAGUUACAAAAUAUGUUUUAACUCUUUAUAAUCAAAUAUUUCUUGAAAAUUGUGUAACUCUUUACAAGUUACAAGUUACAAAAGUAACUGAGUUACAUAACUUUAAUACAUGCAACUGAUUAUUACCCAUCCCUGGGUAUGAAAAUUAAAAAACCGAGUGUAUUUUGUAUUGUGAAUUGUAGACGAGAUAUUUGUAAAGUAUGGAACAUAGGUUAAUUUAUAGUUUGUGUACAGAAAGCAAUGAUUAAUCAUUGAAAUCAAAACGGAGCUCGAUAAAUUGGUAAGGUUCUAAUAUUAAUCAUGUUUAUUCCACAUGCAGCCGAUAUGACCCAAAAAUCGAAAAAAAUAAAAAAAAAUGUAUUCUCAUUGGUUGUCAGUUUUUUUUGUAAUUUUUCAGAAAAAUUGUUGAAAAUUUCGGAAAAUCCUCUCAAUAGAGUAACACCGGGUGAAAAAUCCGCGUAUGAUAAAAUUUCGCGUGAAAAAAUCGAAGAAUUUUUACUAACCAAAAAAGCGUUUUCUAAAAAAGAAAACAGUUAGCAUCUACGCUGCACUAUUCAGAGUCACGAAAAACUAACACAUUUUGCCGUCGCAGAGGCUUUUUUUUUUUAACGUUUACAUAUACGGUUUUCAUGCUAUUUUACGUUUGUCAUAAAAACCGCGGUUCAUUAGAAAACAAAGUUACAUUAUACUAUACAGAUGAUAGAAAUAGCCUUUAAUCCUACGAUACCAUAUCAGUAAAAACUACGAAAUACUGCAGAUAAUAUUUUCAUAUAACUAUAUUAUAUUAAUCCCGCGAUAUUACGGCCCAUAUAAUAUAUUAGGUAAUAAAUCGGUUUUUUUUUUUUUUUAUUUAGAAUUUUUUUGUCUCAGAAUUUUUUUCUACUCAGUUAGUAACGCAAUAGUAAUUAUUGUUAUUUUAUGAUACGAACGCAUUAUUAUAUGACUGAUAUCUUAUGUCCCGGUCGGACUGUAGUCGGAUUCCGUGUCGCGAAACUCUCCCGCGACCGUUCCCAAUUACGUCACAUGUGGCGGUCUGCACGGGAUGUGUAAAUAGAUAUUCGCUACAUGCUAUACCUAAAUUAACACGAGUGGUACCCGUUCAAGUUGAGCACUGUAAAUAAUAUAAUAUUAUGUUAUUUUAUUGCACGAGAUAGCUGGUACUAAAUGAUUUGAAUAAUAAUUAUGCGAAACAUACGAGUACCGUGUUAUCAUUACAAACACAUCCUAUUUGUAUAACCCAAUAAAUCGCUAUAGAAAGUAAAAUACAUAUAAGCUCUUGAACGUUAAUGGAUAUUUAUUUUCUAAAUUCGCAUACGUGCGCGAACUUGGCGGGAAUUUUUCCGCUCAUUUUCAGAAAGAAAAACAGAAAAAAUUAGCUUUUCCUCUAUUCGAUCAAAGCAAAAUGUGUGGUAGAAAACAUUAAUGUUAAAAAUUUGAACUAAUGUAAUCGGUAGCGUCGCGGCGGCGCGGCGCGUCAUAAAUAUCCAUCCGCGUGUUUUCUAUGACUUGGUUCUCGAAACAUUUUUGUAACUAUUAUGAAUAAAUUAAAACAAUAACCUGUCAAUGCACCAACUACAGAUCCAAAAUGCAACAAAAAAAAAUACAGAAAAAAAAAAAAUAUUUUAAAUAAAUUACCCUAUACAGAAAUUGAAAUAUGUACUAGUAUAUUUAUUUUGAUAUUUUUGUACGUUAUCAAUGGAUGCGAAAUAAUGUCACCUCCGAAAAAUCUGAAUGAGUAAAUAUUCAUAAAUGCCGUCACCGGUUGAGUUAUGACCAAUAUAAGCGAUAUGUAAACAAAUCUGAAAUUAUGAACACAUAACGUGAUGGCAUUGGUUAUACGACGCGGCGUCAUCUAACUGCGUAAACGAGUUUUGUCGGCUAGUUUUUUAUUUUUUUGUUGUCCAAUAUAUUAUCCGUGAUACUAAUUGAUAUGUGUAUCCUGUGGGAACACGUGGAUACUAGUAAAUUAAUAAUAAACACGUCACGAUGGAAAAUCUGAGUACGUAAAACGCAAUUUACUAGCAUUAUAAAAAUAUAACCACUCGGGUCCGCAAGCACUCGUGAAUUAUAAUAUAUUGAGGACCAUAGGCGGACCUGGAAUUUUACAUUUGAGUGUGCCCAGCCUGCUAUGUAGUUAUUUUACAUUCUGAGUGGAACAAAGAAACUUAUAGUUUUACUACGAAGUUUUUUUUUUUCUGUGAACAACUUUUCUACCAGCAAUUUAGCUCCAAUUUAUAACGAUAACAAUUUUUCAAAAAGGGAAUUUGACUGGGGAAGUACUUAAAGGAGGUUAAUUUUCGAUUUUCUCAGGAGUUUUAUCUACAAAUGUGAAAAACCAAAAAAGAAUGAGGAAAAACGGGAAACAUAAUGUUUAUUAUUAUUUGUUAUCCAUUAGUUUUAUUUUUACAUUAGGACUUGCCACGGCACAACCGAUACACCUCGUAGAUCCGCAAAUGUUGGGUACGGCCUAACGCAGCCACUCACUGACCUCGAACCCAAAUAGUGUUUUGUCCCUAGGUUUGUUUAUUAGGUCACGGUGACCGAUAAUGUAUCACUAUGACGUAUACAAACAUUAUUAACUAAAAAGUGGAAAACGCGGUAAAAAUCGUGAGAUUGUCGAAAUGUACUGGAUAUAGCGUUCUCGUUGUUUUCAAUUGAUCCGUAUGUAAUACCGGAAUUUACUACGAACACCGCGAUUGUCUGAGCAAUAUGAUAUACAUUUUGGACGAAUCAAUAUUUCGCGUUCAAUCUUCGAAUUUGGCCUUUUUUUCGACCAUGUCGAUCAUACUCUUCUCGAUUACGCGCUCUAAGUCAUUAAUGUUAAAUUUUCAAAAAAUCUCCGCUUAGACGCUUGAUGUAAAAUAUUAUAAUGGAUCACCCUGACGGUUAAUCCGGAUUAUUUACCUUGCCUAUAUUUACUAUUAGUCGACUCUGCAAUGUCGACCGAAGAACUACGACAGAAACUGAUUUAAUAUAUUAUUAAUAAUUGUGCGGAUUUGUUUAAAUAUUUUUUUUAUAUUCCACAUGCCAAUAGUAACAGACUGUGUUAUUUAUUAUUAUUAUUAUUUUUGUUACCGUUAUAGUCAAUUCGUACAACUGGAAUAUACCGAAACAAGAUAUCCCGAAAGACGCAAAAGGUGGCGAAGGCGGAUUCAUGCCCUACGGAUGGGCCGGUGUGACAGCGGGAGCUGCGAAAUGUUUCUAUGGGUUUAUCGGUUUCGACACCGUAGCUACUACGGGUUAGUACCGAUAAAAAAAUUUAAAAAAAAUAAACAAAUAAAUAUCAAUUUAGUAAUUUACCGUAAGCAAUAAUAAUAACGAAUUGUUCAACAUUUUUCCUCCGGUGGUUUUUUGUUGUUUAAUCCGGUAGUGUACACUACGAUACCCCUUGUGUGCUAAGAAAUCACAAAUAUGCUUUAUGGAAAUUUGAAAUAUGCACCUGCAACUCAAUUUUUUUAUUUAUAGUGUAAUCGAUCCUCGAUAGUGCACACAUCAUUAUCUUCUGAGAAUAGUUUCUUUUUUAGAAUUAUUAUUUUUCAAACAACCAAUAAAAUAAAUUGCUAUAAUAGGCUACAUUACCAUUAUAUUUUGUUAUACUUAUUUUUAGGGCUGAAACCACUCACUUUUAAUUUUUAAAUUGCAACUUACAUCAAAAUAUCAUAAAUAUAUGGCAUUUUAGUUGAAAUAAAUUUUGGUGUUGACAUUUUUAAUUUCCGGCAACGCCUUGUACAUAUCAAACUCAAAUAAAUAGGUUUACUACAGAAAGUCUGAAAAAUAACCACUGCGUUAGGUAAAUAAUUGGUAUAAUAUUUUCUCCGACUUAAUUAUACUUGUAUAAACUAAUAAUGCAUUCGAAAAAAAUGUAAUCGAUUAUUUAUAUAUAUUGGUAAACUAUAGGAGAAGAAGCUAAAAGGCCGAAACGAGACAUUCCGUUGGCUAUCGUUCUAUCAUUGACCAUCAUUACGUUCGCGUAUUGUGGUAUCAGCUCGGUUUUGACACUCAUGUGGCCGUAUUAUAAACAGGUAAAAUUAUUGACCAAUUCUAUAAAAUAAAAUUUAAAAAAAAUGUUAUUAAAUUUAAAAAUAUAAAUUAACUUUCUUGUAGGAUGCGGACGCGCCAUUCCCGUUUGUCUACGAUCAUCUUGGUUGGACGACAAUAAAAUGGAUCGUUUCUUCCGGCGCCAUUUUCGCUUUGUUCACGAGGUAACUACACAAUUAGUAUGUUUUAAAUUGUUUUAGAUUCUGAGAGGAGCGAGGAAUGUAUUGGUUUUACAAUAAUGUUUAUUGGGUUUUUUUUUUUUAUCUGAAUACAUUUUUUAUCGGAAAGCAUACUCCGAUUAUUAUGUAUAGUACCUUUUCUGAGUAGUGUUUUAGAGAGAUAAUUUUUUGAAAUUCUUAUUAAUAUUCGAGACAGUGAGGAAAACCUGGUUCUUUAGAUAAACAAAUAUUUGAUAGAUUAAAAAUAAGGUUGUCAUUGGCAAUCGUUUUAAUUUAUUUUUUGUUAUUUUCAUUAUUUUAAUAUUUUUAAACAAUCAUUGUUGUCAUGGAAUCGCAUAUUGUAAUAAUUUUACCAUAAUAUAACAUAUAUUGUUGACAAAGCCACACUAUCGACUGAACUCUGCUCAGAAUCGUUUUUUCGUUAGCAAUGGUUUAUCGUUUAUCAGAUAUACAUUAAAUUCCCGUCUGUAUCCUACCUUCCCAACUUUCCACCUACAACAGUGGCUGCGCCCACGUGCGAAGUAUGUCCAUCCUUUUUUUAUUUUUAACAUUAUGACUAUUUGGCUUAAUAUACGAUUAAUUUUAUUAUACUGUGUACUUUAUUAUUUUGUAACUGUUGGGUUGUAUACUAGAUGGUUUUUAAUAAAAAAAAAAAAAUUAAAUUAAGAGCCUCUAAAUUUUCUUUUGCUCCAAAGCCUUCAGAGUUCAAGAUCCGGCUCUGAUUUUCACCGAAUAUUAUAUAAAAUUCGUAUGAUAAUAUUACAAGUUUCUAGACACAAUACUAUUUUAAAAGCAUUCUAACGAUUUUGAGUUAUUUUUAAUUGCUUGAAAUAUUCGAUUAUUUUAAUACUUUUGUCCAUAUGAAUAUCAAAAGUCCGUACUCGUUUUUUUUUUUUUUUAAAUUAAAAUUCUAACGAAAAUCGUAAAAAUCACAGAUUUCGUAUACGAAUAAUAUUAUAUCAUGAAUUAUGUAGAUAAAACUGUUUUAGUACCAUACAAAUGGUCAAGAAUUCAAGACGAAAAAAUGCAGACAAUUGUGAUUAAUUUUUUCGUUACAAAUGAAUAAUAAUAAUAUUUCAAUUUAAGGUUGUCAAAACAUGUUUAACCAAACAUCACUCAGAAUAAUUUUGCGUUGUAACAAUGAUUUAUCAUUGCAUAUGGAUAUAAAUUUAAUUACCCUCUGUAUCCAACAUUUCCGACUUUCCACGAUUAAAACAGUGGCACACAAAUGGAGCGAAGUAUAACCGGUUUUUUUGUGUAGUCUUAUAGGAACCAUGUUUCCGUUACCGAGGAUUCUGUACGCUAUGUCCUGCGACGGUCUAUUGUUUCGCAUAUUCGCGGAUAUUCAUCCGAAAUAUCAUACUCCGGUGUUGGCCACUCUGCUAUCUGGUCUUCUAGCAGGUAAAAAUAAUAAUAUUAUUAUGCGUGAUGUAUUAAGAGUUUCUUCGCUGUAACACUAUCAAAGUUGCAAAAAUACAUUUUUUUUUUUUUUUAAUAUUGUCGUUUUGAACAGUAAGCAAAUGUAUAUGUUUUAAACAUGCAUUUUUAAUAUAAUAAUAAUAAUAUUAGUUAAUCAUAAUAUUAGUUAGUUAUAAAUAGAAUUGUAUUAUUAUUAUUUAUUUUUUUUUUCAGGUAUUAUGGCCGCGCUUUUCAAUCUGGAACAACUGAUCGAUAUGAUGUCCAUCGGUACAUUAUUGGCGUAUUCGAUUGUGUGUAUUUGCGUGCUGGUUUUACGAUACAAAAACGAUUCGGGCGUGGAGUUCACGAUCAAUGGAACCGAUGGUGCCGAAAAUAAUAGCUUCGUCGAAACGGUCAUGAAAACCACUAUGCGAUAUUUGAAUUUGUCCAACAUUAAAUACGCUAACGAAGACACCGAAUCCGUGUCGAAGACCGUCACGAUGUUUUAUAGUAUGUGAACAUAAAAACUACGUAAACAGCGUCAUUAGAGUCUUAUUUUCUCUCAGUCCACUUGUUACAAUAUUUGCCAUAGUUGUGUUACAUUUUAGUCCCCGUAUUUCCCGUUAAAAUAUACAAUUUGAACUUAAAAAUCGUUGAGGAGGGGUUCAAAGUUGAAACCACCGAAAAUCACAGCCUCGAGGCUGUGCAAAUACUUACACGGUACAUUUACAAUUUAUCAUUCCCCUUGUUCUCUCGUAACAAUAAAGAAAAAAAUAUCCUAAAUCCUACCUUUUUUGCCGUUUUUCUUAGACGCUUCUUAGUGCUUUCCUCCGAAAAAUUGGACUCGAACUCGGGAUUUAUAGUUUUUUAUAUAGUCGGUUUGAAGUGAAAAAAUGCUGGUCGAAUUUCAAUAUGAAUUUCUCCACAUUGUUACGAAAAGACGGUGGCUUUUUAGGUUAGCACAACCGUGCAUAACCCGGAUUUAGGACAUCUUGGCGAAAUGUAAUUCGACGAAACAAUUUAUUUAUUUGAAGCAAAAAUCAAACAAUAUUGUCUUUACUUAUACGUCGAAUUUUUAUGUCUUUCACGUUAUAUAAUCUCCGAAAAUAAUACUAUCAAUCCAAAUCCCAGUAACAAUAUUCGUUCGGCCGGACGUUAUCGUUAUAAUGUUCAUGGCAACAUUGCACCAGAUAGUUUUGUCUAUACUUAUUUGUCGAUUUGUUUACACUUCGUUUUGAAAACACAUUAUAAAACAUGUCUUGCCGAUUUUCGCUCCGGAUUGUUUUUCAUUCGCAAUAGUUUAUCGUUGCGUAUCAACAACAAUGAAAUUACUUUAUGCAUCCUAUUGUCCUAAGUUUCCACUUAUACCAGUGGCACACCCGUACCCAGUAACAAGCUCUUGUUUUGUAUUAUUUUUACUCCAAAUAAAUAAAUCGUUUCAUCGAAAUAUCCGUUCGCCGAAAACGUUUAGCCAUAACGACCGGAUACCAAAAUUACUGUGUAUACCCAAUUGACACGACACACUGCAGUAGUCUCUGUUUUCGAUGAAAACUCGAUUUUAAUGUCGCCUCAAACUUUGGUUUCCCGAUUUGUAAUGUGUCCGUCUGUCAAUACAGUUUGUGUAUCGGCAGUGUUCUGUUUUAUGGUGGUCCGACUAGAGGGCGACCAGCCCGCCAGCAGUUUGGCAUUAUACACGACCGCCAUUUUUGGCAUUGGACUGUUACUGUUAAUUCUGUUGCUGGCCCGACAACCGCAGUCCACCAAAGAGUUAUCGUUCAAGGUAAGAUACCCAUUGACUGCUUAUAAUAUUUAUCAAAGGUUGUUUUUUUUUUUUUUUUUUUUUAAAUUUUUCAUCGCCGUCAGGCACAUCGUUUCGUAUUUCCGUUCAUGUAUACCUAUAUUGUGCCGCAGGUACCUCUCGUUCCGCUCAUACCUUGCCUAAGUAUUCUUUUGAACAUUUACUUGAUGAUGAAAUUGGACGUGCACACUUGGAUCCGGUUCGGCAUUUGGCUGUCCAUCGGAUUCUUGAUUUACGUGUUUUACAGUACGACGCACAGCGUCGAGGGCCAAAAGCAACGGGACGGGUCCAAGAAAAAACCCGCGAUCAACGGAACUAUAAUUUCCAGUGGAAAAUUAUAAAACUCGCUGUUGAUGGUCAGAACAUUCCGUUAAACAAAUAAAAUAAUAUUAAAAAACUGACUGUCGUGAACAAUGUAUCAUUAUUAUGUAUUCUUUUUUUUUUCUUUUUUCUUUUUUUUUUACUUAUUAUAAACGCGUACGGUCUAUUGUUCUCGGAAUAUUAUUAUUUCACACAUACCUGCAGUAUUAUACAAAUUUAAAAAAUAUAUUGAAAACUGAGAUAAUAAUAUUCUAAUUAUUACGGGAACGAUAACCGCGCGACGAUAACCAAGUGUUGUACUUAUAUAAACUCACGUAUUUGAUCGUUUCUAAAUUAUUGUUGACGGAACCAUUAUUACUCUACUUAUUUUAAAAUUUUCAACCAAACUUUUUAUUAUUUCUACGUUGUGAUAUUUUGUGUUUAUUCAUAAUUAUUUAUUGAUAAUAUUAUUUUUGUUUUAAGUUAGGUAUACCUACAUUAUACUAAAUUAUUAAUAUUAUAUGAUUGUAGCAGGAACGAUAGGAAUAUAAUACAAUUAUUUACUUAACGAUACUAUUGUUUAUAUUCUAUUACUUUAAGUUAUUCGAGUAGAAUGAAAAUCUGUCGUUUUCGUUUUUCUAAACGUGUAUUAUCAAUUAUGAUGAAUGUGAAAAUAAUAUAUUAUGAUUUUCUCUGCACAAAAGGAAAUAUGUUUCCUUAAUAGAAUUAUUAUUGAUAAGUUAAAAUUUAACGAUAUCGUUUUUUUUUCGUUAUGAUAAAAGUAUUAAUUUCGUAAAUUUAACUUAAUUUUUUUAGUUAUUAAUUGUUUGUUGUUAUACACUUAUAAAUUUUGAGUACAAUACAUGGAUUUUUUUUUUUUACAUAUAAUAUUUAUUUGUGCGUAUUAUUAACUAAUAUGCUUAAAAAUUAUUUAUUUAUACACAAUCGUACUUUUAAAAUAUAUUCGGCGUGCACGAAAACAACAAUGAAAAAAAGCCGGACAUAUUUCGCAUGAUGGGUGCAACCGUUGUUUUUGUUUAGAAGCUGGGAAUUUAGGAUGUAAAGUUGAAAUUAAUUUUGUAUUUGUAAGCAACAAUAAAUCAUUGCUAACGAAAAAUGAUUCUAAGAGGCCUUCUGUUUUCCUGUGAACAACUUUUCUACCAGGAAUUUUGCUCCGAC